AUGGAGCAGCAGGCAGUUCAGCUGGGCAAAGAAAUCUUCUCCUGUUCCAUCUGUCUGGAUCUACUAAAGGAUCCGGUUACCACUUCCUGUGGACACAGCUACUGUAUGAAAUGCAUUGAAACACACUGGGAUGAAGAGGAUCCAAAAGGCGUUCACAGCUGCCCACAGUGUGGAAAAACGUUCAUAUGGAGGCCUGUCCUGGAGAAGAGUACAAUCUUAUCAGGUUUGAUCAAGCAGUUGAAGAAGACUGGACUCCAAGUCAUGCCUGCUGAUCAAUGCCCUGCUGGACUAGAAGAUGUGGCCUGUGAUUUUUGCAUUGGAAGAAAACUAAAAGCCAUCAAGUCGUGUUUAGUCUGUCUGGCCUCUUACUGUGAGAAACACCUUCGGCCUCAUUAUGAUUCAGCUGCAUUUAAGAAACACAAGCUGGUGGAGCCGUCCAAAAACCUCCAGGAGAACAUCUGCUCUCUCCAUGAUGAGGUGAUGAAGAUGUUCUGCCGCACUGAUCAGAAGUGUGUCUGUUAUCUCUGCUCUGUGGAUGAACAUAGAGGCCACGACAUAGUCUCAUCUGCAACAGAAAGGACUGAGAGGCAGAGAGAGCUGGAGGAGAGACGAGGAAAAAUCCAGCAGAGGAUCAAGGAUAGAGAGAAAGAUCUGAAGCUGCUUCAACAGGAGGUGGAGGCCAUAAAUCACUCUGCAGAUAACACAGUGGAGGACAGUGAGAAGAUCUUCACCCAGCUGAUCCGUCUCCUCCAGAAAAGAAGCUCUGAGGUGAAGCAGCAGAUCAGAUCCCAGCAGGAAACUGAGGUGAGUCGAGUCAGAGAUCUUCAGGAGAAGCUGGAGCAGGAGAUCACUGAGCUGAGGAGGAAAGACGCUGAGCUGGAGCAGCUCUCACACACAGAGGAUCACAACCAGUUUCUCCUCAACUACCCCUCACUGCCAGCACUCAGUGAGUCGACACACUCAUCCAGCAUCAACAUCCGUCCUCUGGGACACUUUGAGGACGUGACAGCAGCUGUGUCAGAGCUCAGAGAGAAACUACAGGACGUCCUGAGAGACUCAUGGACAAACAUCUCACUGAUGGUCACUGAGGUGGAUGUUCUACUGUCAGAACCAGAACCAAAGAGCAGAGCUGGAUUCUUAAGAUAUUCAUGUGAAAUCACACUGGAUCCAAACACAACCAACACAUGGCUGGUACUAUCAGAGGGCAACAGGAAGGUGACAAGAACGAUUCAAUGUCAGUCUUAUUCCAGACAUCCAGACAGAUUCACUGGAUGGCGUCAGGUCCUGAGUGGAGAGGGUCUGACUGGACGCUGUUACUGGGAGGUGGAGUGGAGCGGGAUACUAAUUUAUGUAGCAGUUGCAUACAAGAAUAUGAGCAGAGUAGGAAGUGGGAAUGAACAUGGAUUUGGAGGUAAUGACAAGUCUUGGGCUUUAGAGUGUUACCAAAACAGUUAUCAUAGAUUUGGUCACAGCAACAUCUGGACCUCCAUCUCAGGUCCUGGUUCCUCCAGAGUGGGAGUGUACCUGGAUCACAGAGCAGGUAUUCUGUCCUUCUACAGUGUCUCUGAAACCAUGACUCUCCUCCACAGAGUUCAGACCACAUUCACUCUGCCACUACAUGCCGGCAUUUGGGUUGGCUAUGCAGAUUCUGCAGAGUUCUGUAAACCCAAAUAGAGUUUCUCUCUUCUUAUACAUUGUUGAUUUGGGUUCAUUGUUUUGAUGUCUCUGGUCUGCUGCUCUGCUUGUUUUUAUGUUUCGGUUUUAAAUGUAGUCCUCUGUGUCUGUUUUCCAGGAGCCAUAAAGGAUAUC